AUGUCCUUCGGAUUUAGUAUUGGCGAUGUAUGGCUAAUGAUGCGCGCUAUCUCCAUUCUUUGGGGCGAUACACGAUCCUACUCCGAAGAUUCGCAGACACUUAGGAAUGAAGUAAAUACGCUGAAAUAUCUGUUGGGAGAGCUAGAAAAGAAAACUUGCGACACGAAAUUACCGCCGGUAGCGCUGGAGCUAGCAACGACUCAAAUUUUGGCAUGUUCGAGAUAUAUAAAUAAGCUUGACGGGCGUCUUUCCAAGAGGUCUCAAAAUAGGUCUAGACUUUGGUGGGUUCUUCGCGAUAAGAUGAAGUGCCUGGAGUAUAAGGACAAAUGCCGCACAUCAAUCCAAGACCUCGAAAGCAUUGUUAAAAUGAGCAUGUUAGAUGGAAUUCCACCACCUGCAAAUUGGCUAUGUGAUAAGCCUAUCCACUUAGUAGAUACAUUAGAUAAGAGCAUCCAAUUUUCCGCCGAGAUGUUUAGCACAUGGGAGGGUCUUCACACGCUUCUUUGCGUCAGAUUCGAAAAUCGAAAAGAUUCUAGUUGGGUAGAAGCUAGGCUUUAUGUGUUAACAGACCAAUCUACGAAAUUGGUACUGACCAAGGACACCUGGGCCAUCUUCGCAAAACCGGGGAAGACACUCUCGAUGGCAAUGCUUAUCAAGAAGCACAGAAACAACAUUGUCAAAGAACAUGAAUGUCCUCAAUGCUACGCGAUAUACAUAGGGGCUACUUCCGAAUAUGACGAACCAGUACAAUGCACACAUGGCAGCCAUGCCAGUACGAUUUCUUCUGGAGUUUCUAUAAAGGCCUCUGAGGCGUUUGGGACACAUCCAGUGUCGUUAGUUGAUCCUAAUGAUAAGCAAUUCUUCAAACGUUUUCAUCUCUUGCUAGGAAGACCAGACGAACCCGAAAGUAUCGCCACCCUAGCGACCCAAGAGCAACCCAACCCCCCAAAUGAGAAACCCGAACCAGAUGAUGAUUCGAAACUGGAUCCGGAACCAGGUGAUGCUUUAGAGGCUGAACCAGAUGAUGAUUCGAAACUAGGACUAGGUGACGAUUUAGAAGCUGAACAGCCAGAUGACGAUUCGAAACUGCGACCAGGUGAUGAUUUAGAAGCUGAACCAGAUGACGAUUCGAAACUAGAACCAGGCAACGAACUAAACUCCGCCUCGCAGGUCUCAAAGAGCGCUCCAUCAGUAAUGUAA